UUCCGGUUCCGUGAAGAAUAUAAUUCCUACUGAUAAGGAGCUCUGUGUUGAAGAAGAUUUAUUCCUUUUUGGCGAUGAAUGACAGUUCCUUUUAUUUUUACUUAAGGAAUCAAUGAAUGUUAAAGUUUUCAUUUGUCUGAAUAUAAUUCUUAUAUAUUUGAGUGGUGUCGAAUCAACAAUGAUCACGAAAGUGCUUAGGGCAAUUAUAAUGGGCCCACCAGGGUCUGGCAAGGGUACAAUCUCCGCUCGAAUCAUCAAAGAUUUCAACAUGAAACACCUCUCUAGUGGAGACUUACUGAGGGCUCAGGUUAUACACAAAACUAGUGCUGGCAUCACAGCAAAACAGUUCAUUGACAAAGGCCAACUUGUACCAGAUGAUGUCAUGGUUAAAUUAAUCUUAAAUGAACUAAACAAGUUGAAGGAGGACAGCUGGAUGUUGGAUGGUUUCCCACGGACAGUGCCUCAAGCUAAAGCCCUGUACAAAGAUAAACCAGUGGAUCUUGUACUCAAUCUCAACGUACCAUUUGAAGUGAUUAUUGAUAGAAUCAAGGGCAGGUGGACACAUGCUCCUAGUGGGAGAAUCUAUCACACAGAGUUCAACCCACCCAAGGUCAUGGGGAAAGAUGAUGUUACUGGGGAGACAUUGAUCCAGCGAGAUGAUGACAAGGAGGAAACUGUCAGGAAUAGGCUACAGAUAUAUCAAAACCAAACACAGCCAGUUCUGGAGUUUUAUAGGAAACAUGGAAUCUUAACAGAAUUCACCGGGAAAUAUUCCAAUGAAAUCUGGCCAAUGGUGUUCGAGUUUUUGUCUACUAGAAGUGAACCUAUACAGUACACUCAGUAUAGCUAACAUAUAGUUAGUCAAUGAUGUGAUAAAUAUUUUUUUUCAAAUUUUGAUAUGAUUAUACACCCAACGAUUAAUGUUGAUUGUAUCACAUGAUUGUUCUAUUGUUAUUUAUUUUUUAUUGAUUUUGGAUAUCAACCAGAUACAAAUAUUUGUCAUUCAGGUGCUAUCUAUUUUGCUAGUUCCAUUAUUUUCUUUGUAUAGACAUCACAGAGUUAAUGUAAUCUAUCAGUCAACAGUGUUUGUCAGAUAUCAAAUCCAAAUUUUGUUUGUGUAAUAGAACAUGUGAUUUACAACAAAUUGUUCAAAUCAAUGACAUGUAGUUAACUUGUUGUAGUUAAUGACAAGUUCAUAUAGUUAACAGUAGGCUGAGGUAGUUAUUGACAAGUUAAUGAAGUUAACAAUAGGCUGUGAUAGUUAAUGACAGGUUAAUAUAGUUCACGAUAAGCUGAGGUAGUAUAUGACAGGUUAAUUUAGUUAACCCUAGGUUGAAGUAGUAAAUGAUUGGUUAAAUUAAUUAACCACAUGUUGUGAUUUUUAAUGGCAGGUAAGUUUAGUUAAUGAUAGGUUGUGGAAGUAAUGACAUUUCAAAGUUGUAAUCACUUGCAAUAGGCUGUGGUAGUUAAUGACUGGUUAAUUUAGUUAACAAUAUCUGUGGUAGUUAAUGACAGGUUAAUGUAGUUAACAAUCAACUUUGAUAGUUAAUAACAGGUUAGUGUAGUUAAUAUCUGUGGCAGUUAAUGACAGGUUAGUGUAGUUAACAAUAUAUGUGGUAGUUAAUGACAGGUUAGUGUAGUUAACAGUCUCGUGUAGUUAAUGACAUGUAAGUGAAGUGAAUAGUAGGUUGUUAAAAUCAAAAUAUGUUACAAUCAUAUAACAACACAAUAGACAUAUGGUGGCCUAAAAUUGUACCUUGAAUGCUUGCCUGUAUACCAAGGUUGAUAGUAUGUGUAAUUGUUGUUCAAUUUUCCCAAUAAUUACCUAGAUACAGAUUUGUGAUAUAAUGUGUUUAUUGUUGUAGAUAUAACAUUGCGGUUUUAUCUCAGAAGUAGUGUAUAUAUAGAGGUUACACAACGAGUGGUUGUUGGAUAUGGAAUUUAUUUCACACGAGUUUUUGCAACUUUUAAAAAAUAACUUACGAGUGU